AUGAAGGACUCUGCAACCCGAACAGAAAGUCGCUUCGACUUUGAUGCUGCGCAGUGUAUCUCUAACCCCAAACCCGCAAUCGUCAGAAUCUCACACUGGUGGUCGCUUGAAGGUUGUGUGCGCAGAUCUUUUGCAUUUGUUGAGGAUGAUGGCAAAGAGACGGCCGUGCAAGUGCCCGAGGGAACGACGAUCCUUGAAGCCGCCCAUUCCAAUGAUGUUCCUCUCGAAGGCUCAUGUGAGGGUCAGUGUUCGUGUUCUACGUGUCACGUCAUUCUGAGCGACGAAUUGUAUGAGGCACUGCCGGAGCCGUCCGUCGAAGAGGAGGACAUGCUAGACUUGGCUGCUUGUCUUACAGACACGUCGCGUCUGGGUUGUCAGAUUCGCGUAAACAAGCAUUUUGAAGGCGAGAAGAUAAAGUUGCCUGCCAUUACACGCAACUUUUUCGUGGACGGCCACAAGCCAUCCCCACAUUAG